AUGGACGCAAAAGUGAUGCGAAAACACGUUAUUCGGAGGUUUGCGUCAGAAUUGCAGCGAAAACGUUUUGAGUCGAAAAUAGCUAACAAAAGCGAUCCGCACGACAUGUCUGGAGCUAUGGACAGGACUCUGUCCUCAAUGGACGCACCACUGAGUGGCCUCUCAUCGGCUUUGGGAGGCUAUGGAGGACUGGGCUCUCAGAUCCAGUCGCCGUACCUCCAGUUUGAUCCCCUGAUGCUCGAGUCCGGGGGCAACAAAUCAGAGUUCAUAUUCCCAGACGGGGGGCACAGGGCUAAUAGGGGGCGCUUUGAGCUCGCCUUCAGUCAGAUCGGGUCGUCCGUCAUGACGGGCGCCGGCAUUGGAGGCACGGUAGGCGUUGUCAGGGGUGUGAAAGCCGUGGCCGACCUCAAGGAGUCGAUGUCUGUCCGGAGGUCUCAACUGCUGAACUAUAUCACCAAAAACGGCGCCGGAAUGGCCAACACUUUCGGCACAAUAGCGCUGUUAUACUCAGCCAUAGGGGUCGGCCUGUCCUUCGUUCAGGACUCCAACGAUGACAUUAACACUGUAUGCGCGGCCGUAUCGACCGGUGCUCUCUAUGGAGGGCUCUCACAACCGCCUAAUAAUAAGCGCACAGAGAAAGCGCUUUCAAUGGGUCGUAAACUAUGGGAAAUCCGAUUAAGGCGUUCAGCUGCCGGUGCGGCGAUCGGUGUGUCCGCAGCCGUCGCAUACGUCCUACUCUUCAAUAAAGAGAAAUAUUUGAAGAAAUAAAUGUUUAGUCAUUAGUUUAGGUUAUAAUAAAUAUUCAAAUUAUAUAUACUUUGUAUUAGUUAUUGACAAAUAUGUAGUUAGUAAUUACACACUCAUUCAUUAACUUAAAUAUUCAAAUAUUGAGGUUUUUGCUCAAUUAGUAGCCCAACAAAUGCUAUGUAUUUACAUCCAUAGACCUAUGUUACUAUUUUCAUAAAUAAUAUCUUAAACACUUAUUAAAUAAAUUGUUUUAACA